GUCCCCAGGCCCGCUACCACCAUGGCAAUAGCAGCGGCGCGUUACUUUCGCCUCCUUCCUAGGGCCUACGGGACGGCGGGGCCCGGGCUGGCUUACCAACAAGGACAGAGCCCGGAGCCACGGAUCCGGGAGUAUUUUUACUACAUCGAUCAUCAGGGGCAGCUUUUCCUGGAUGACACCAAAGUGAAGAAUUUCAUCACUUGCUUCAAAGAUGUGGCCUUCCUCAGCUUUUUCUUCAAGCGGCUGGAGCCCAACCGCAGCGGGCGCUACGAGAGCCACUUCCCCUUCCUGUCGCGCUGCGGCCGCGAGCGCAACUUCCUGCGCUGCGAGGACCGGCCCCUGGUCUUCACCCAGCUCCUGCCCGGCCCCAGCGCCAGCCAGCUCCUCUCCUACUGCGGCGGCGGCCAGAGCCUGGCGGUGCCCUUCCAGCCGCAGAGCCUGGCGAUGGCACCGGGGAACGGGCGGCUCUACCACCCGGCACCGGCCAGAGCGGGCGGCGUGGGCCUGGUGCGGUCAGCGCUGGCGGUGGAGUGGAGCUCCUGUUUCCAGUAUGAGCGGGGCCCUGAGCAGCCCCCAACGCAUUUCAACUGGGAGGGGCAGCGGUACCGGCUCACCGGGGAGCUGCUGCCACUGUUGGGUGCCGAUGGAGAUGAGGAGACACCGGCUGUGCCCCUGGCACCGCGGCAGGGAUGAGGUGGGGGCAUCCCAAACGUCACCGGCAGCUUUGUGGUGAGGGGUGGUGGAGAUUGGCACUGGGUCACGAUGGAAGGGAUGGUGGGUGCC